AGCAAUACACUGACUGAGCUACACUUCUUCUACAGGACUAGUUACUAGUGUAUACUCACCAUGAUCAUUUUAUAUCUACUACUUGUUACUUUGUUUUGUGGCAGUUCGAGCCUUACUUUGAGCAAAUAUACUGCAGCGGUGUACGAGCACACAGUUAUACUGCCAAAUACCGCAGAACAUCCAGUUUCUGUGGAUGAAGCAUUGGCUUUGAUGAAUAAAAACUUGGAUAUACUGGAAAAAGCUGUCGAAAAAGCAGCAAAACAGGGUGCCCAUAUCAUUCUUACCCCUGAAGAUGGUGUUUAUGGUUGGAUCUUUAGUAAAGAAACUAUCUAUCCCUAUCUUGAAUACAUUCCUGAACCUGAAUUUAAUUGGAUUCCGUGCACUAACCCUGAAAGGUUUGGACCAACACCUGUACAGAAAAGACUGAGUUGUAUGGCAAGAGAUAACUCUAUAUAUGUGGCUGCUAAUAUUGGUGACAAGAAACCAUGUAACACCUCUGAUGCUAAAUGCCCAGAUGAAGGGUUUUAUAGUUACAAUACAGCUGUUGUGUAUGACUCAGAUGGAAAACUGGUAGCUCGUUAUCACAAGUAUAACCUUUUCACUGGUGAAACACAGUUUAAUUUCCCAGAAGAGCCUGAGAUUGUGAGCUUCGAAACGCCGUUUGGAAAGUUUGGCAUUUUUAUCUGCUUCGAUAUCCUUUUUUACUACCCAGCUGUAUCUCUGGUGGUUGAUCAGAAAGUGGAUACAGUUCUGUUCCCUACUGCGUGGAGUAAUGUUCUGCCUCAUCUAUCUGCUAUAGAGUUCCACUCAGCAUGGGCUAUGGGCAUGCAAGUUAAUCUGCUUUCUGCCAAUUUGCAUAACACCAGCAUGAGUAUGACAGGAAGUGGAAUCUUCUCACCAGAUAAUUUAGGCCCAUUUUACUAUAACAAGGACACUGAGGAAGGUCAUCUUUUAAUCUCUGAACUAAAUGUGCAUCCGCGGAAAUCUUUAACCAAAUGGAACCGGCAUGCAUCCACUAUUAAGAAUUAUCCCUCAGGCAUCAAUAUAUUUCGUGGAAUAGUUUUCUAUGAUAACUACACAUUCACUGAACUCAAAGAGACCCAAGGAAAUUAUACAGUUUGUCAAAAUAAUCUAUGUUGCCAUUUAAAGUACAAGAUAGCAGAGCCGUUCAGUGAUGAGGUUUAUGUGCUUGGGGCUUUUGAUGAUCUUCAUCUGUUUGAAGGAACAUAUUAUUUGCAGGUGUGCACUUUAUUGAAGUGUGAAAGCACUGACCUGAGUUCCUGUGGUAACUCUGCAACAGUAUCUAAAACCAGAUUUGAGUCUUUUUCACUCAGUGGUAAUUUUUCAACAAACUAUGUAUUCCCAGAGGUUUUGUUAAGUGGAGUAAAUUUGGCUCCAGGAAUGUUUCAGGUAUUGCCUGAUGGACGCCUUAAAAGCCGUCGCAGUAUUUCCUCAAAAGCUCUUUUAAGUGCGACAUUGUUUGGAAGAUGGUAUGAAAAAGACACAGACUUAAACAUAAAAUAAAUGCUACUCCUGAGAAAAAGUUUAAAAAUAAUAUGAUUUUAAUUAAAUUCUUACGGCUCUUUUGAAUUUGUAUUGUAUUGUAUUUGAAUACAGUAAUACAUUUAUUUGUGAGAGUUUUUUUUGGUGGGGGGGUUGUGGAAAAUCUUGUGAAAAGUCA